CCGCUACGCGGCACAACGGUCGCGACGAUGAGGAACACGGUACAAUAAUGAAAUACAGUCUCACGGAAAGAAGUAAAGGGACAUUGUGCUAGUGAUGGUGCCACAUGAUUAUCAGUGUUUUCUAUGCUCGUAAUAUACUUCACCUUGUAACGUCUAACGAUGAGUGUAUUGGAGAUACUGCUUCUCACGAUACAAUUCUCUGUUACUAAUGGACGAUUAACCGUCCUCGGGGGACCACUUUGGGAAGAGAGAAAAUUGAUUUGCGUCUCGGAGAACGAUGGUAGCAGUUUAGUGUGGAACUAUGAUAUUACUCCGCAAACCAAUGCGCCUUCUUUCCUUCAAGCGCCAAACUAUCUGAAAAAUGUCAUAGAUUGCGAUUUAAACAUACGCAAUGAAUGCUUCUCAAAUUGGGGAACUGACGGUUGGAACUUGACUAGUUCCAUGGAGACACCGAUGGGACCAGUGUGCGAUUAUCGAUGGGAAGGAUUCAAGGAGUUCAUGAGUUUGGGAUAUACAUAUAGUUCUAUCGAUAAAUUAAGAGGAAGUAAAUCGUUCGCGGUUUCUAUUCGUGGAUCGAACGACGGUUACAUACUGCUCUGCGAGGGCGAGAAAUACACCACUGACUUCUGCUACUGGAUAAUUAUCAGUGGUUGGAACAACAUGCGAUCCACCAUUCGGAAAUGCGCGAACGGCGUAUCGGAACCAAAUAUGUAUUCGUCGGAUGAUUCGUGCAAAAUGAAUAGACUAGAAUAUUCGAAAAAAUCACUCUCCCAGUUCGAAUGGAGGACGUUUGUAGUCACGUGGAACAAAAAUACGAGGAAUAUCUCGGUUUACGAUGACAACAACUUGAUUUUAACGUAUGUAGAUAACGAAACAAGGAGAGAGGAACAGUUACCGAAAACCGAUACCAAUCACAGUAUAUUCCUGGCGAGCAAAAUUCCGAUGCUGUUUCGACUUCACCUGUACGACUUCCUUUACACAACCGAUCGAAACGCAGUCCUCAGGAGUCCCGAACUUCUAUGCAACACGAAUCUUUGCGUAGAAAUGGCGAUCGGAUUGUGCGCCGAAUGUAAAUUGGAAUUAAUUCUGGUAAAUCGUUCCACGGAGGAGGAGAGUCUAGAAGUCAUAAAGGGAUCUACAGUGGCUGGUGCUCAUGGUUUGCCCACGUGGCAAUACGCGCGAAUAAACAAAACGAUUUCGUCCAACUUAGGAAAGCGUGUUACGAUCAAAAUGGUCCCACAGCUCGAUCGAGAAACUCCGAAGCCAUUGUGGGCGGUAGCAAACGUCCGCAUGUGUCCACCGAUAGGUUCCACGCGAAAAAGUACCUAUUUUAAGCCCAAAUCCGAUUGGCAGCAUAUUGCUUGCCAGAAACUCUUCUACAAUGAAAGUAUUGUCGUGAGUCCCAUGCCUCGUGUCACCCCCGACUUAGACUUCGGUGAUUCAAAAUGUCCCGAAGGCAAAGUAGGACCGUAUUGCUCUAUCGAUUGCCAGUUGGAUUUACAACUAAGCAGUGACUGUUAUAGAGCGGUGAUUUGCGAAAAAUCGGGUUGCACGUGUCCACCAGGCUACAUCGACGAAUAUUGCAGUAGAAAAUGCGACUUCCCAUACUAUGGACAGAACUGCAAUUACACUUGUGGACAGUGUAAUAAUGAUGCUUGUAACUUUCGAACCGGAAUAUGCGAACAGGGUUGCAAGGACUCGGAAGGGAACAGAAUUGAACCCUUUUGUGAUAAAGUUAUUAAUGUUCCUCCGUUACUGAAUAUCACUUUUCUCAACGCAACGUCCGUUCGUGUUGUUGUCCCGGAAAAGAAUGAGUACAAACUGAUAAAUCCGUAUAUCUUUUUCACUAUAAAGGAGGAGGGUAAAAUAUAUAGCCACAGCAUUGAAGCUGUCAGCAAUGGUACUCACAUUAUCGGAAUCAUAGACUCCUUAAAACCUGGUGUUUCAUAUCAGGUUGCAUGCAAUUUCAGAAUUAAUACCAUAUACAAACACGGAAAAUGGAACAAUUUUACAACUCUCUGCAGUGCGAGCAAAAACUUUGAAGUAGAACUAAAGAGCAGGAGUUUAACAUUGAAGACGAUUAACCAACAAUUCGAUUCCUGCCCGACUAAGUGGUACAAUUUCGUUAUCGAAAACCCGAAACUGAACACAGUAUUUUAUAACGCAUCUCUGGACAGUUUACCGUACAAGUUUCACAGUUUGCAGCCGUAUACUAUUUACAAAAUUACCAUCAACAGAGGUCCGAACACAUAUUUCUCGCGCAAAGUCCGAACUCUUGAUGCAGCGCCGUCCAAAGUGAGAAAUAUUGCACUGGUAAGGACUUCGAACUCGGUUACGUUAACAUGGAUGUCUCCUAAGAAUAAAAACGGGAUCAUAAAACGAUACGAGAUUGUUCUGAAGGUCGAAUCGUAUAUUGGUUGUCUCGAUCUUAAAAAGGAUUUUCCGAAGAAGGAGAUCAGGAGGUCUACCCUAUCGUGCAACAUAACAAUCGCUGAACUGGCUCCGCAUGUCACCUACGUUGCAAAAAUCGCAGCCUGCACCUCCGAAUGCGGUAGCGAAAUUGAAAAAAAAUUUACCACCGAAGCAGCCGAAAUUCCCAGUGAGAUCUACAGUGAAUUAAGAAUUGAGGAUUUCGUGCUGCACUGGAAUCCACCAGAAGAUUGCACCACGAUUUCUGGCACUAUGUACACCAGACUGCUUUUUCGAGGUCUUAGUAAGUCAGUGGCGAACAACACUUACGACAAACAAACUUCGGGUUACAGUAUCGACUUGAGAACGUUUCUUCACGGUGCGGAGGAAUACGAAGUAUCGGUGUACGCGACACGAGAUUUCCAUAAAAAAUACAAUGCGUCUGCUUUUCAGAGGAUCAGUUUUAUCACGCCACCGAAAGCCCCACCGCCUGUAACAGAGCUGGGUAUAUACGAGGUAAACAAUGAAAAUAAGGGUUUAAUCCUACACUUGAGAUGGAAAGAACCAGAACCACCGACUAACGGGAAAAUAGAACACUACGUUGUGUUGCAAAAUCAUAAUAAAUAUGAAACACCAUUACAAACAGUAUUGCCGACUGAGUAUUGCCCCUUUUGGGUGAAAUACAUCUGCGCAACAAUUGAACUUAGCCACAAAUGGAAAACUAAACAGAUUCAGGUUGCAGCCCAAAAUGAAAAUGUACCGGACAAAGGCAUUAGGACAUCCGUUAAUGUCAUCACGUCCGAAUUUUUGCCAGAUAUGCCUAACUCCUUCGACGUGAAAGCUCUCGCACAGGGAGUGGUAAACGUGACCUGGUCUCAUCCGUGGCGAACAGGCGGACAACUUAGGAGGUUUCUCAUAUUUACAGAGACGAUUUCGACCUGUCUGAAAUCGGCGAAACUGAAGGAAAAGUCGCCGUACGAAUAUCCGGUGCUGAAAUACCAAGCGCUGUACAACAAACAGUUUCAUUUAAUGCCAUCGACCGCCUAUAACAUUAAAAUUAUUGUCGAGACAAUCGCCGGUGCGAAGAGUUCAGAAAUGUCCAAACAAGUGAAAACACCUUCGGCAACGGGAUUCAAAAAUGAUCCGACCGUGGAAACAGGCACCGAAGAUUCAACAGUACUGUUGCACAUUCCUGCGAUUGUGAACGACACAAAAAACAGUGUAAUGCAUGUAGUGGUAAUAGGUUCGAAACCCUGCGACCAUUCCGCCAAGGCGACUCCUGUACGUUCCGAGAAGACGAAUAUUACGUUCAUCGAGAUCGCGUGGCGCGUCGCUACAUUUCCCACGGACAAGUUCGCGGGGAGAACGUUUACAGUGGGCGACAACAAACUCUACGAAGGUGCAAUAAAUUGCCCGCUAAAACGUCAAGAGUUCUAUACGAUAGCGGUCGUUUUGCAACUCGAGGAAGGACCGAUGAGCGGUGAGAUUAAAGUCGCAAAAACGCCAUCGUUCUAUAUCGGUGAAUUGCCGAAAGGACAUAUCAAAGUGUGGCUUAUCCCUAUCGUGAUAUGCCUCAUCGUGGCGGCCAUCGGGUAUUAUCUUUACCAAAGGAAAACGAAGGUACCGUCGACGAACGUCGUUCUACAGGAGGGAAUGGCUUCCGCUCGAAAUUCUGUAAUCCCCGAAAACAACGAGUUAUCGAAUGUAAAUCGAAUUUUAGCCGUUACGCCCGAUACUUUCCAUAAAGAACGUUUAUCGCACUUUAACACGCCGCACAACAGUCCUCUCGCGCAUGAUGCACGCGAAGAUGGAAGUAAAGUAAAACCUCCGGUGGAAGUAAAGAAUUUCGAGGAUUACGUGAAGCAAGCGAUUGACUCGGGACUCCUCGACAAGCAAUUCAAUACGCUGCCCAGGGGACAGACGAAACCAUGGGAUUACGGCAAGCUACCACAGAAUAAGUCGAAGAAUCGUUACGGAAACCUCAUAGCGUACGAUGAGAAUCGGGUGAUACUGGAGACACUUCCGGAGGAUCCGCACUCGGAUUACAUCAACGCUAAUUACAUUAAAGGCUACAAUAAAGAGAAAUAUUACAUAGCCACGCAAGGACCAAAACCGAAUACGGUGAACGACUUCUGGAGGAUGGUCUGGCAGGAACAGACCACGGUCAUUUGCAUGCUCGCGAACGUAGUCGAAAACGGAAAGACUAAAUGCGAACAAUAUUGGCCGGACAUCGGGAAGAAGAAGAAAUACGGGGAACUGGUUGUGUUCAACGCUAAGCACACGGUGUUCGCGGAUUACACGUUCCGCACGUUGCAUCUGAAACAGGGCAUGGAGAUGCGUAAGAUCGAACACCUGCAUUACACAGCGUGGCCGGAUCACGGUGUACCGUUGUCCACACACUCCGUGGUAACAUAUUUAAAGAAGCUGUUGGCAAUGUCACCCAGAAAUGGGCCCGUCGUCGUCCAUUGUAGCGCAGGCAUCGGCAGAACUGGAACUAUAAUUCUCUGCGACAUCUGUCUGCGGCGAGCCAUCGCUGAAGGGGUGAUCGACGUGUUCAGAGAAACACAAUCGAUCAGAAGCCAAAGGGCUAACAUGGUGGACACCAAGCAGCAAUAUCUAUUUGCUCAUCUGACUCUGGUCGAGUAUCUAUUUCCGGUCCCAACGUGUUUACCUUGCGACGAAGCUUUGCCAAUGCAGAUCGAGGAGCUCAAGAAACAGUUGGCGAUUCAACAACAAAGUUUGGAGAAGGCUAUGUGGCAAGAUGAAGCCCUUAAACCAGCGACCAGUAAAAUGUCACUGUCGAUGCGCAACCUUGCCAAAAUGAGAUUCCCAAAAUUAACUUCAGCGAACACUAACAGAGUGUAUUUGACAAGGUAUCCGCCGACUGACGACGACAGCGACUAUAUAUCCGCCAUCUACGUGGAUGGCGUGAAAUUGCAGAACCAGUACAUCGCAACGCAACUGCCGAUGCCCGGGACGCUCAGCGAUUUUUGGAGAAUGGUGGACGAGUACAAAGUUGAGUUGAUCGUCGAGCUGCAACCACCCGAUCCAGAUGACACGACUUGUUGCUCGAUCGCCCCGAGCAAAGAAUUCAAACCAGUGCCAUACAUAAGUAUCAAGGCGGAAGAAUGCACCGAAUACGAGUACUACACUUUGCAGAAGCUGACGCUGGACAAUGAAAUGGCGAGGCCGCCCACGGAACAACAAGUAAUAAUAAUUCGCUCGACCGAAUGGAAAGCCGGUAGAAAUCAAGCUCCGCCGUCGAUGAUCGCUCUGAUCACGCUGUGGCAAGCCACAGAAAGAAUCGUCAGAGGCAGAGAGCUUACCAUCGUCAUGUGCUACGACGGUGUAACCGGCUGUGGCCUAUACCUAGCCAUGAGCCUGCUACUGGAAAGAAUGUCAGUGGAACGAGAAUGCGACGUUUGCCUGGCUAUUCGCGCGGUUAGGCGGUCUAACCACGAUUUCGUUCGAACCUUGGAACAGAUGGAGUACCUGUACGACGCAGCGAACGCGUAUUUGAAAUACUUCGAAACGUACGCGAACUUUACUUGAACGACUCGGUGAUCGAUCGUUCGAUUUACCGGGUCAAUUGACUCGAUCGAAUUAAACACGUUGGGACCGGUUUCCCGAUAUCUGUGCCACCCGAGAAAUUAUAUCGUUACGUCAAUUAACAGCUCGAAAUUCCUGACACCAGAUUUUCCUGUUUUUUCCUUUUGCUUUCCACCUGCGCAAGGCAAACGACUUUCAUUUCCCACGAGCAUUAUCGUUGAUUUAUCAUAAUCAUAUGCAGCAAUGGCCUCGCUGCACUGUGAUCAUCCUCCUCCUCCUCCUGCUCCUCCUCCACCACCACCUUCGCUCAUCGCGAUCCGUUUCAUCUAUGGAUCGCAUACGAAGAAGCGUCCUCGUUAACUAAUCGUAAUAACGGUUAACAGGAGCAUAAAAGUUUCACGUUGACGUACAAGCAUCGAUCUCAAUGUAGGCGCGAUCAUUUGUGAUGCGGACAAGCGUGCUCAAAAAGAUACUUACCGGACGUCAUUGGUUGGAAUUUUCGCGAGAACUCCCAUCAAUCUGCUCCGGACGAUGUCCCAACGUGUCCGUUCGAAGAACUUGAAUCAAAUAAACAGUUCUCAAUUGGAAUAUACAAAUACAUUCGUACGUAAUUCUGGAUAUUUCCUUUCGCCGAUCGCAACGGUGAAUUUCUGGCGAUCGGCUAUCUCCCAACGGACACUAUCGACUUUCAAACCGGCGGAACGAGUUCGAACGAAUAAUCGAAAUGACUAUCGAAAUAACUAUCGAAACGCGGACCGCGCGACACGAAGCGACGGUCGCUAACAUCUCUCCGCUCUUGAACAGUGCGAGCUGUGAUAUUAAUAAACGAAACGAUCAUUCCCAACGAUGAAUUCAAGUAUCGCGAGUGAAACUCUCUUUUGGAAGUUUAAGGAGCGUCGUUUCGUAUUAUACGCGCGAGUGUUCGCGUCAAAUCUGAUCGGACUAAUCGCAUUAGACGCCUAAGAAACCCAAUGGAAAAAAGGUACUCACUUUUCGUACGAUUAUCAUUGAAUCGGUAACUGGCGGGACCGUGAACUUUCGUGAUUCGUCGGAGGGCCGGUCGAUUGUCAUGAUGGAUCGUUAACGCGACGAAAAAUCAUAGUUGACGAAAGGAGAAAAGGGAAAAAGUAGCUCUGCCCGUGGCGCGCCGUGUCUCCCUUCUUCCAGUCAGGAGAUUCCGUCGACGGCCGACAGAGGGUGCGCCGGUAGCGCCGAUAACUCGUAAUCGCGAAAGGUAUAAGUGUCGACCUCCUCUAAACGUCCAUCUCCGCGGAUAUUUUCACGUGUGGUUACCGUGGUAUUUGUGUGACGGUGGCUCGAGUGCUGGAUAACUAGAGGUUUCGCGAGGUGUGGCUGACAGGAACUGGUUUUUUUCUUCUGUCGUCUGUCGAGGGAAGUAGCAGGCAAGAGCUGACUAGCGAAGAAUACGUGUACGGUCCUCUCUCACAGCAGCAGGUUCUGGUACGCUGCUAUUAUUUAACUUCUUCGAACCUCUUGGGGUCGAGGGUGUUAGCCGUGUCGCGCGUAGACGAGCAAGCUCGAAGCGUUCGAGGAUCACCGGUACAAAGUGGCCUGGACUCUUCGUGCAACGGAUCAAAGAAUCUGGUAGUCCGCAUCGUUGCGUAAUCCCGCCGCAAACAGGCUAGAAUUUCUAUUCAAACACGCAUUCGCGCGGUGCCGAGGAGCUCUAGUAACGAGUAACAGUUGGUCCCCGUCCUUCGUCGAACCGGCGGACACGUGGCUCCGAUAAUCGUAACCAGGAAACGCAUCGGCGUCGACUCUUUCCACGAGCGUUGCUAGCUUAGCCAGCGAUCGACACCAACGAGAAGUACGUGACCGUAUACAGGACGAUUCUACGAGGUAAACCGAGUCACAUUUUGCUCAUCAGCGCUGAGUGGUUCCAAUUGACGGUCGGGUCGACCCUCCAGCGUAGACACUAUUGGUCAGCCUUUUAAUACAAGCGGUCGCGAUUGGAUCAGAUACCCGGAUCGUUCUUAGACAGAAGACAUCGCCGGAGCAUUCGGUUGAAAACUUUAAACGUCGCCAGUGUCGCGCAAUUUGCUGUCCGACGUCGUCGGUUCUUAAAGCCCGAGGAUCCGAGAGACAUCCGCCUGCCCGAUUCCCAUCUCAGUUGGUCUAAGUCGGUCAACGGUGGCAGCGAGAGUUCGCGAGCAGAGACAACCGGAGCGACGCGCAGGAAGUGACUCCGUAGAGGAGUCGAUGCUUUUCUACGACACCCACGCAGUCGGUUUCGACGGAAGAACGACUUCUUCGGCGAGCGUUCGUUGACGAAAACCCGUUCGUCGCGCGGCAACGAUCUGGAAGAUCGGUGAAAUACUCGUCUUGCUCGUGCACGGAUCACGUAUUCCCCCCACAGCGAGAUCGUUUUAUCGGUUGGAACCGACUGUACGGUUUGAUAAGGCGCCGAUAAGCAAAGGUCUCGGAGUAACACCUGCUGCAAUCUCGAUCAGCAAUUGGAUGGCCCAGAUCUAUUGGUUGUUGCUCUUUGAGAGAUAUUGAUCGAUCGCUUUACGCCUGGCAACGAAACACCGGACGAGCCUUUUGGACAACAAAUUUAAAGAAACAACGAGGCGAGAAGAGCUCGGUAGUUGGUUCACUUCCCGGCCGAGAAGUUAUCGUUCCUGGCUGGCCUUCGCGAAAAGGAUUCCUUUCCACCGUCGCCGCCGGGAUUUUGAGGAACGUCGGGGCACGAAACACUCAUUCGAUUUGGUUCUAAGGCACAGAGCCUCGUUCUUCUCCCGGAACCGAGUUUCUAUUUCCAUCGGCACCAUGGAACGAAGGAUUCUGAAAAUGUGGUGACGACGUGCCAGGCGAAGGCCUUCGAUUACCAAGACACUAUCGAGUGUGUGAGGCAUAGUCGUUAGAAAACAUUCAAGAUAUUUUACGAGUGUCCAGUGACACGCUCUGAGAGCACCAUACCUCUCUUCAUCAUAGUACCACCAACGAAAGGGAAAAGGUGCCCGAGGAUCGUUCCAGGGAUUAACAGAGCUUCUCUGGGACGCGUAAAAUCGAGGCUAACUUUCAUUCUCGAAAAAGUGUUCAAGCUCCGUACGACUUUUGGGGGGAUACCGUACUGGAAGGAUCAGGAAUACAUUCGAUAGCAGACCACAGAGCGGACCGGCGUCCCAUUCCGCGGCUUCGAGUUUCCACGGCAAAC